CAAAAUCUGAUGCUAGUACAGGCCGAGCAUCUGUGAUGGGUUUUCAUUGAUAAUUGUUUGAUGGCUCCAUGAUCGAGGCAUCCUCAAACCUAAGGGAACUCUUUGGCGAUAGCGACGACGAAUUAGACGAGGUAGAGGAAACGGACGGGGACGACAAUUCGUAUUCUUCUACUUCCGCAGUUGCGUGCGUGGAAAUAUCAACUUCAGAAGAUUCUAGAGGCACCAACAAGAAACUCAAGGUGACAAAGGACCCGUCACCGACACGCAGGGAUGGUAAUGGCCCUAGAAAUGACAAUUAUGAUUCGGUGUCUUCUCAUUCUUCGUUAUGCUACAAUGAAUGGAGUAAAAGGAUCGGAAUCUGCGAUGACGUGUUGACCCCCGGCGAGUGCGACGAAUUGAUUGCCGUCCAUGAAUCGGAGGCCCACCACGGGUACAUCGAUCAUUUGACGGUGACCCGUAUUUCGGACCUAGUCGAUCACGCCCCAAACUACAACUCCAGCGAGCAAACCCAAAGACACGAUCAACAACAGCAACAACAGCAAAAGCAGCAGCGACAACAACAAGAACCUCUCCAUAACGCGGUAUACCUAGCCCUGCCGCUCCUGCGAGCCCGCUACGAGGUAUGGCAGGCAGUUGAGGAUUGCUUUCCGGAGCAUUGUCUCGAGCUGCUGCCCGAAUUUACGGCCCUGACGGCUUGGCACAAAGGCUCCUUCCUGGAGAACCACUACGACUCGAACCGAUCCUAUCUGGAGGACCGUUUCAUCAGCGCCGUCCUCUAUCUAAACGAUCCAGUUGGCAGCGAGUGUGGAAACUGCAAUAGUAACGACGACGACGACGCUUGCGACCUCCAUCCCGAAAAUUACCAUUGCACCGGGUUCGAGGGGGGAGACCUUGUCUUUGAGGUUCCCGAAGGGACUUCUAGAUUGGGUGCAAAUAUUGGAUGCCAGACCAACGUUUCGACGCCAUCUGAUCAGACCCUCCAAAAGCAUCAAAUUACUCACCCAGAGAAGUCCACAAGAGUUGUCACCCCUAGAGCCGGUCGCCUCGUUUGUUUUCCCUCGUGCGGUAGAUACGUUCACCGCGUAGAGAAAAUCACAAGAGGUACACGGUACGCACUCACCAUGUGGUUUACCAGGCGCGACGAGGCCAUGGAGCGAUUGCAAUCGCUGUUUUUGUCGCAAGCCGCAGCCAACCUAGCACCACAACAGCAACCAUGGGAAACCCCCCAACAGGCGGAACUCCUCCGCCGGCGAAUCUUUCUCCGGCCAAAGAUUCCCCUUCCCGACAAAAAUUCCCUACUAUCGGAAACCGAGUGGAGACAUCUCAUCGCUUAUUGCUGGUGGAAAAAAGGGAUACCGCUCUGGGAGAUUCUGUCAAAAUCGUUUACGACUGAGACGGCGAUGACUGACGCCGAUAUUGUAGAAGGCCGAGUGUUUGACAACAGCAGCAGCAGGAACCCUGGUAUCGCAAUGAAUAGCUCUACCAGGACCAAGCUCCAAAAAUCAGAAUCACAAUUAGAACGUGUCGUGAGGGAGUGGAGGGACCACUAUGUUAAUCCGCGCCGGAAUGGGAUGGCUUCCGCCAUGGCGCGCUGGAACGCCGAUGGAAUGCUCGCCACUUUCGUCAAGGACGAUGAGAUGAAAUGCAUUUGAAGAAUGAAUUGCUCUGAAACAAAGGAAAACAUAAAUUGCAAUUAGGUGC